UUUAAGUUUCCAAUCUAUCGAAAACAGACGUCUUCACGAGCCUCAUUGAUGAUUCCAUUAAUGAUUAAGCAACAGUGACUAGAGAUACCUGAGGUCGAGUAGAUAUAUUAGGCGGAGUUCUAAGUUCAGGUUUAUCAAUGGAGAGAGCCAUAGGGGAAGAAUUUGUGUCAUCCACACUUCUAUUCUAGUUUUCUGUAAGAUUAAAAGAAUAACUGAGAUGGGUGCGUAUGCGAGCAAGAACAAGAGCAAUUUGUUUGACAAAGACGUUAGCGGGUUGAUGGAGAAGACGGGGUUUCUGCAGAAAGAAAUGAGGGAGAUGAUUUGUGAGAGGGAGAAAGAGAGCAAGGGUUAUGAGCGAGACAUGAUGAUUUUUGCAUUCAAGGAGGCGGAGUGGAAGCAAGAGAGGAAGAGACUAAGAGGAGAGGUGAAGAGCUUGAGGAAGAUGGUGGAAGAGAAAGAGGAUAAGAUCAGAGGGAUGGGGGAGAAGAAGAGUGAUCAGAAAGAGUGGGAAAUGUUGGGAACCAGCUUCAUGGUGGAGCAAAUGAGGGAGGAGAGAGCACGGCGAGAUGAGACUGUGGAGAAGUGGAAGCAGCUAUAUCUUGCAAUUAAGAUGGAGCUUGAUGAUCUUAUUCAGAGAACACAUCAUGGGGAUGUGCAGCAUUGGAGAGCAGAAGAGGAAGAAGAGAUGGUGAUAGAAGAGUUACAGAGGGAACUCAAUGCCAAGGAAGAGACCAUCAAAGCACUGAAAGCGAGAGUAGCUUCUAUAGAGCAUGAAGAAUACAAGAAAGAGAGGGAGAUUGACAUACUGAGGCAAAGCUUACGAAUCAUGAGCAGCCAGAAGACGGCUCCGCGUGUCACCAAGAAUCUUCCCUAAAGCAGGAAUAUUGUAAUUUGGCAAUAAAAUGAUAGCAUUGUCGGUGCUCUGUGAAAUUGUGAAUCACUUUGUUAACAGUACAUUUAUGCAAAAUUGGCUUUAGUUGAAAGCGAUUUUCUAAUUUAAAUUUAACAUAAGAAGGUUGCUACUCA